AUGCGCCCUACCUAUCAGCUGACUAUGACUGUGUGAAAACUACCAACGAACACGGUUCUUCAACGUUCAUUGUUGGAAGAACGUCGAAGCGAGAGUAUUCACGUUUCCUUCCUUUGUACAAGCACAUUAUUUGAUCAGAAAACAUGUUGUUCUUUGGAAUAUUAUCCAUUCUUCUGGCAGUUGCUGCUGCUGAAGAUACAUGCUAUGAUGAUUCACUAGCAGUAUGUGACCCAAUACCAAAAGAUGGAAAAUCAAUGUUAAACUGUAAUGCAAAAUAUGGACAUAUUGAAAGACAUCCUCUGAUUGAUCUUCAAUCAUAUGCAAAUGCUAAUAUUAGAGUCAGCUUCGAAUUUCUACUAAUGUCUAGUUAUUUUGGAAAUUAUGAAGAUCAACGUCAUGGAUUUAAGAAAUUAUAUCGUAAAUUUUCGGAUGAAUUGUGGGAGGAUGCAAUUAACAUAAUCAAAUAUGUUACCAAACGAGGUGACACAAUGGACUUCAAUCAACCACCACAUUUGACGGAACCUACUUACGAACGAAAAGUAACAUAUGAAUUGAAUGAACUUCACAGUUUAGCCAAAGCACUUGACAGACAAAAGGAGCUUGCAAAUAAAGCCUUGAAUAUACAUCAUGAUAUUACAAAGAAUGAUAAGAUAAACGAUGCUGGUGUUGCUCAUUAUGUUGAAGAGAGAUUCAUAGAACCACAGGCUGAUCGUGUUCGUGAUUUAGCCGGCUAUAUAAAUGAUUUGAAGAAUUUAUUAACUGGAAAUGAUCAUUCUGUAGCUCUAUUUUUGUUUGAUGAAUAUCUUAAGAAUAGUUUGUAACUUGUUUACAACUGAAGUUAAAAAAACAUAAAUCAGAAUUUCAUAUCUACUAUAUUUUAAAAAUUCCCUAUAUGAAUAAGUUAUGAAUAAGUUAUCCAUAACAAAAUAUUUUACAUUUUUCAGUUAUGCAGAAUUCUACAUUUAGAAUUAAUAAAUAUAUAUGGUGUUAUUUUUUGACACAUUUCAUCUAAUAAAGUGUAUACUUCAUAAA